GCCGUUACAACGUUUUCUCUCUCCGGCCCUCCAUCUCUCCGCACACAGCGACAUCUCCCGCGGGAAUCAUGGCAGUUUAGCGGCUUGCAGCGGCUACAUACGCGGCGGCGAAUCCGGCAGUGCAGAGGUCAAGUGCACUGGCUCUUUUUGGCAAAAUGGCGUCUCCCGUGUCCUCCACCCACAGCUCUGCUGCUGUAGACAGCAUAACCACCGCGUUCACACACACACACUCGCUCGAACCCCUUCACCUUCAUCCCCAUCAUCACACACUGAGCCUCUGCCAUGUCUCUGAGUGUGGAGGCCCUGAUCCUGGGGCCCUCAUCUCUGACGGCUGACCCCUUCGGGCCCCUGCUGGACGAAGACGAGGAGCGCGCUCUCUCUGCAGGGUCUUCCUCACCCCUCUCCUCUUCCUCAUGUCUCUCGCCCCUCUCUCCCUCUCCUCACGCUUCUGUAGGGUGUAAAGAGCUGCAGUCGCUCUCCUGGACUCCUCGAUCUGAGCCAGGGCAGAGUAAAGGCGAUGUGUUCUCUGGCAUGGAUUGGAUGACGGAGAAAUUAGACCUGAGUGACUUCGACCUGGAUUCUCUGAUCGGGUCAUGUGACUCGGACGAGCCGCCCAGUUCUCCAGAAGAUCUGCUGGCCUGCCUGGACACUGACAUGGAUCUGGACCUGGACUCCCUCCCGUUCUGCUCCUCAGAUCUGGGUCUGGCGCUGACCCUCGACCUUCCCGUCCCAGAACCAUCGCAAACCCCCGUCGAGAUCAAAUCCGAGCCUGAUCCGGCCGACACGUUAGAUCUUGGAAGUGAAGUGUCCGUGCUUCGGACUCCCGGGAUCAUGCUCAGUCUGAGUCCAUCUCACAUCGUGGUGGUUCUGAGCCCGAAAGAGGAGGCGAGCAGCACCGACGAUUCAUCCGAUAGCGAUAGUGGAAUCUCAGUGUCGGAAUCCCCGACUCACCAACCAGAUCCGAAUCCCGCAGGAUCCUCCAGGACCAAACCCUACUCCAGAACCGACCCGGAUCCAGUCGUCACCGGCCGAGUGAAGGCCGUUCCCGGCGCUCCUAAAGUCGUGGAGAAGAAGCUAAAGAAGAUGGAGCAGAAUAAGACUGCCGCGACCCGGUACCGGCAGAAGAAGCGGGCCGAGCAGGAGGUUCUGUCCCACGAGUGCUCCGACUUGGAGAAGAGGAACCGCGAGCUGGCGGAGAAAGCAGAGUCCAUCAGUCGGGAAAUCAAAUAUCUCACGGAUCUCAUGGAGGAAGUUCGGUCCGCCAACAACCGCAGGAGCAAAGCUAAAGCCCAGGGUUCUGCCGGGUCCGGUUAGGUUCUGGUCCGGUGCUGUUCUGCCGGGUCCGGUUAGGUUC